ACUGUAUUACUCGGUCAGUCGGUCUAGAGGUACGACAUCAGUAUAACGUUUUUUUAACCAGCGCGCGACUGUCAUUUCUGCUGCUGCUUCUACGACCCAUCCCGUUGAUCCGCCGUUGGUCCACCCUUCCCGGGGGUAGAAAAGUAAAAAACGCCUACCCCUUUCAACACCCAUUUCGGUGGCUUUUGGUUGAUGCAGCGCAAAGUACAACCGACGGAACCGUGUUGCGGUGUUGAAAAUUUGCCGCCGGCUUACGCGCGAUCCACGAUUCUGACGGGGGAGACCUAAACGGGCGAAUCGGCGACGAAAGAAAAAUAAAGAAACGAAGAAGCAGAAGUGUUCUAAUCGGGGAUCAUCCUCAUCGUCCGUUGUGUUGAAGAGCAGUGUUAUUCCUUCGGUCGCUAGACAAAACAGAGUGCAGUGCGGUGUGGUGUACGUUUGGGAGCCGAAGCAGCCCACCCAGUAGAGUAGACCAGUAGCUCCGUGAUCGCGCUUAUCGAAGGUGUGUUGUUUUGAACAGAGGUGUUGUGUUGUUUUUUUUUUUCGCUAAUUUAGAUCACAGGAAAAGAUUGCUAUCGCGUAAUGAUAACCCCAAUAAAAAAGAUUAGAAAGAAGAGCAUAGUUGCGGGAUUGUGAUCGUGAAGAGCAAAAAAAAAACUUUACCCAAAGGAUCAGUCAAUUGCACCGAAGCAAAACAGUUUAGUGAAAGAGGCGCAACCGAGCAGCGGCAGAGCCCAGAGUAACGAAACAGAAAAAAAACCGUAGAUCAUUAAUUAAUUUUACUCUGUCGAGUGGAAAAUUAUAUGUAAAUUUCUUUUUGCGGGGUGUUUGUGUGGGCCAGGCCUCAUCGGAUCGUACGGUAGGAGAAGAGUGAAGUAACAAAAAAAAAAAGAUCCCCAACCUCGAGCCCAGAUAGAAAAGUGUUCCCCAGCUAGUAGUGUUUGGGUAAACAUACAUUCGGAUGGAUGAUGGUCGGUGAAAAGUUUGAUCGAAGAUAAGCCGCCGCCGCAUGUUAGUCCGGAUGAUGAAGAGUUAAAAUGCCAUCGGGAAAACCGCAUAGUUCGAGCCUUCGCAGAAACUUCAUCACCACCGAGCCGAGGGUUAUGCGAUAGAGAGAGAGAGAGAGAGAAAAAAAAACCAACGUCUCCCCUCAUCAAGAAAGUAGGUGGGAAGUAGGUGAAAAAUUCCACCUCGCGGAAGACGGAUGCUGCCAUAUCCGAGCUUGCACGACGGUAUCUAUCUGUCAUCGGCAGCAAAAACCGCCCCUCCCCCCUCCUCCCCCAUUCUGUUCGAGUGUUAGUGCGCGUGUUUUCUGGUUUGGCCAGCGUGUGGACGGGAGACGAAAAAAAAUAUUAGAGUUUUGAAGAGGUGAAAACGGAAACAAGUGAGACAAAUUUCGAGUGAUUAUCUGAUGCUGCCGGGAGCCCCAUUGGGUCUCUAAAACCGUGGUGCAGACGAAAGGCUAGGAGGGAGAGAAAAAUAGAAAAAAAGAUCGCUAAGCGUGGCUUUAGUUUCCCCGUCGACGACCCUCCCACCUCCUGUGGGUUUCUCAGCCCCAAGUGAUUAUUUGAGUUUGAGGUUUUGAGUCACACUGUGCCGGGCCCGAAAAUAAGGAAGCAAAUAAAAUAGAAAAAAAGAGCAACCUAUUUACAGUUAGCCUACUGCGACGAGAAAAGAAAAAUAUUUUACUCGAUGAGCAAAAAAAAAAAAGUUAUGAGCAAAAGGCAUUUGACAAGUGAGUGAAGCUCCGAAGUGAAUUUUGUGUGCGCGAUUCGCGAAUGGAUUAAACUAGGAAAGAGGCAGACAAAAAGUGAAAAACAUCUCACAGGAUUAACUUUUGACAUUUCGUCCAGCAAAUCAAACUGCGCCGUCUGUGGAUUCAUUUGUUUGUGCCGAUUGUUGUGCCAAAAAAAAAACAAACCUAGCAGCAACAGCAGAUCCGAAUCAGAGUGGAAUUUUUCGGACCCGCAACUUCUGAUCCGCCAACAUAAUCCAUGCAACUGUCUAAUCAGGUUAGUGCGUACGAUUAGACGAAUGUGAUAUUCAAAUGAACUUCGACGGACCGGUUUUAGGCAUUAGGAAAGAUCAUCAUGACAACGAAAUGACAACUUCUGAUCUCAUCUGCUCUAAUUUGUUGGAAAAACUGUGCACAAUCGGAGGAUGACCGGCGAUCAUUGGGCCCAGUGAGCAGAGCACGGACCAUCCACCAGACCCCGCCUCUGUCAGGAAAACGAACGUCGAUAAAGUAUGCAACACUGCCCUUCUUCGGAUGCCAGCAAAGUCGAUCCUGCUUCUUCUUCCUCGCACCGUCCAACGCCGACACUGAGUGAAUUUCGAUAGUCGCGAAUCGGGGCGGCAUGCAAAAAUACCCGACUCAAUUUAAAAACGUUUAAAUUUUACCAAUCUCUAUCCGUUCCUGCGGACUGCGGACUCCGGUCGGCCCGGCAUGGAACGGAACCUGUACGUUUAGUUGCUUCGUGUCGGGGAUUUGGGUUUUGCUGUUAAUUUUUAACGAAGCAAUCAAAGUGCAAUCGGACAUAUUUAUGUUGGAAAUCAUCUCGAAUGGCAUAAUGACUUCAUCGGGUAUGGACAUAAGUGAAACGUUUCGACCUGAAGAUCUGGGAAAGACGGACUUUUUCGACUAUGUGACCACCGGCACGACCGCAGAAAUGACCGUCAGUGGUGGUGGUGCUGGAGGUGGUGGCGUACCUGGCAGUAGCACCGUGGGGAACAACGGUGGCAGCAGCACAUCCACCAGUGGGAACGGUGCGACAGUGGCAAUCGAUCGACCCCCUGGGAUCCGACCUGGGAACGGUGAUGCUGGAGGUGGACCCAGCACGGGUAGUAAUCGAAACGGUCCGGAAGCCAUUAAUGGAAGUGCAUCGAGUCAUACCGGAGGGCUGACGCCGGCAAGCGGGAACAGUGGCACCGGUUCCACGAACACCACCUCCACCAGCACCAAUAGCAAUAAUCAGCCGCUGCAAGGAUUCGACCAGUUCUGGGGACCGGACAAGGAUGCUAACCGGCUCGAUCAAACGAUGUUUGACGAUAUCAACCGGUACUGCUGGAUUCAGCAACAAAACAAUGGUGCUGGCCAGCCAACCGGAAGUAAUCCCGUUAGCAAUGCAGUAACGGACACCGAUGGACAGAUCUACACCCUGACAGUAUUGAACGGUAAUCCGGAGCCGUGGGUCCUACGGAAGGAUCAUAAUGCUUCGGAGCCACCUCCUCCUGCGUCGAAUCUCGAUCUCGACACCAUACUCGGAGGCUUCCCCGGGUAUGUGAAAACAGAGUGCUUCUCCUACGAUGACAGUGGCUUCGGCACCGAUCAUCACGGCAAAGAAGACCCUCAGCAUCAGCAACAACAGCAGCAUCACCUGCUAAGCCAACAUCAACAACAGCAGCAGCAGCAGCACCUUCACCAGCAAGUACAACAAAUACCUGUGACAUCCACAAACAUCGUGCUAUCCAACAGCCUGAUGGAUCCUAGUAGUGUGAUAGCGUAUCAAAACAACAACAACAACGACUGGCAAAUGUCAGAUCACAAUGUGAUAGAGCAUGAAACGCCAGAGUCUCUGCUGCGCAGUGCACUCCAGGGUAAAGGUUAUACCAAGGGAGCUGCCGUUCAGUUACAGAACGGUAUAACGGUGAUACCCGCCGGUCAAAUCAAGGAUGAAGAACUUCGAAGAGUUCUUUAUCCCGGGGACGCGGAAACAUUAGCGUAUGCAGACUCUACCCUAUCGAACCCGCUUUUCGAUGAAUCUGCAAUGCAUUCCCCUAGCUCCAACAACCCACAACAUCAAGCCCAUCCGGCGGCAGUCGGUGAUCUCGGUUCCGGUGUAGUCGUCGACGAUAUGUUUCUGACGCUCGAUUCGGCUUUCACUGAGGACUACGAAAAAUUGAAACGAAUUGCCUCCGAAGUUCAGCAGUUCUGUACAGAUAACAACAACUACACCGAAAUCAUCGUCGAAACCGCUGCCAUCAAUCAACAUCAGAAUCCUAGCCUUAUCAACAAUAAUCCUAACAGCAAUCUAGUGAUAUCGAGUGUUCACAGCGCGAACCAUCAUGCGAUAUCGACGACCACCUCGUCGGAUGUGGUGACGACCACCUCCACGGCAAAGGUCAAAGCACCACGAUCAUCCAAGAAGUACAAGCGAUCUCUCAACAACAGUGCAAACACCACCAUCAGUAGUAGCAGCAGCAGAGCAAACAACAACAACAACAAUAGCAAUAUGAGUAACCUCAACACCACACCUGCUUCCAUUCUCAGUACGACGAACCACACCAACAAUCCUAGCCCCACGCACUGCAAUGGCCAACGGAAGGAACGCUCGCUACACUACUGCUCGAUCUGUUCAAAAGGCUUCAAAGACAAAUACUCCGUCAAUGUCCACAUCCGAACGCAUACCGGCGAAAAACCGUUUGCCUGUUCGCUUUGCGGUAAAAGUUUUCGUCAGAAAGCACAUCUGGCCAAACAUUACCAAACUCAUAUGGCCCAGAAGAACCCCUCCGGUAGUGUCAAAGGGAGCAAGCAGAACCGUGCCGCUGCAGACCAAGCAGCAGUUCAAGCGGCUGCUGCAGCGGCAACAGCAACUACAGUUCAUCAAACGCCGCAACAGCAGCAACAACAACAACCUCCUCCACAACUACCGACGGCGGGACCAGCGCUUGGCGGUCAGGCUCAAUCCGUAACGCCGACACCGAUCCUCCUCAAUACUGCCACCAUCGUCGCAAGCCGGUAAUAUCCUAACCAUCACACUGCAACUUAGAUAUAGCCGAAGCUACCGACUUCAAAUCCUAGAUCGCUAAGUUUACUAUACCGCUACCCUAGAUUCAACCGGCAAACCGGUUGAAGCGGAAUUCUUAUUCGUAUAAUGUUAGCCGCUUUGCCGGAUCCAAUUAACUGGGAUGAAACAUGAGGCUUUUCUUCCCAAUCCGAAAUUCAUUAGUAACGGCCCCGAUUGCUACGAUCGUUUGCCGGUGCGCGAUUGAGCCAACUGCCAACUCAGGUCAGGGUUGUACAAGCUGAUUGUCUGUCGCGGGUUCGAUUUCUGAUCUACAAACUAAUGCCGGUUAGACAGUGAAACUUAUCAGUAAAAAAUUGACGUUCCUAUUUUAUUGUAUUUAACCAGCCGCGUCGCGCAAACUUCCUUCUGAUUGUUAGUGCGUGUGAUAAGAGAACAAACGAACGAACGAACAGUCUAGUGGACGGAAAACAGGAAGUAAAAAAAAAGACCAGUGCGAAAAUCUCUUCCGAACAAAUUUUGACGCAAUGGUGGCUAGUAGAAUAGAUUUUUGACGUGUGGAAUUGUCACCGCUCCGAGAUGCGAUCCGUGGAACAAGGUUAAACAAGAAAAAACUUUCUACUGUGAUGUUUUUCCUUCCAACUUUGUGUUUAAGAGGCGAAUAUUGAACAUUGAACAUUUGCUAGGUUAACGGUUAUCGUCUAUAUUUAAAGCUAAACUUAAAGACCUUCACAAAACGGAACAAAAAACGACUUACGUUAAGUUUGAGGUUAAGAAACAGCUUCUAUCCAUUCUUGCCAUUUUUACUAGAAAACGUAAAACGUCAAGUAAAUAGUACUACUUAUGUAACGAAAACAAAAAAAAACGAUACUGCUCUACUGUUCAUUACCUAUUUUACGCUAUGUUUGUUAGCUCGUAGGUGUAAAAAGUUAUGUAAAUAAGUUUGUUCCAUACUCAAAACCGAACCUUAAUUGUGAGAUUAGAGCUCCACACUGUUUAUUACUGUAAUCGGUUAGAUUAGAAAAAAAAAUGUAAGGCUCGACAAAACUAAACAACAGAAAUGACCUAUUUCCAUUUCAGUAGUUAAACUGUUGAAUAUUUUGAAAUUUUUAGUGAUCUUUUAUUUUAUUUUUUGUUUUAUUUACCAAAAGUCACCCACGGUUACCGGCUCUAAUAUGGCUUGUGCUUUUUUUUUUUUUUGUUUUUCUUUGAGAUUAUUCGAUGAGAUUACCUAUUGGCGUUUUUGUUGAGUUAUUUCUUUCUCCAACUACCGAAAGAGAAAAAGAGAGAGAGAAACAGGUUAGCCGUCAAGAAGCAAUAUAUGGGAGAUGAAAAAUGUGAUUCUAUUUGAACCGAAACCAGAUGAGAUUGUUACUAUUUUUGUUGGAGAAUCUAAAAAGAAAUUCGUACUAAAAGAAGGAACGGAAGGAUGAUUGUUAGAAUACGAUUUAUUUUGAUUGACGAAAUAUCGAUAAACGGACGGAGAUACGUAUUUCAUCUGUUAUAGUUGAAAUUUAUUUAAAAUUGGUUACACUGUAAGUGAUAUCAUUUAGACAAAUAUAUAGUUAUAUUUUAUUACAGAAAAAAAUAUAUUUUAAACUCGUUUUGUACGUGUUUUUUUUUUGCAAUGCUAUGUUAAAUUGUUUAGACAUAUUUUUACUUUCUUUGAUCUACAUUAUCGAGAAGCAAUUGUAAUUGUAAAGGUUUUCUUCCGCAAAGUAUGCAUAGUUAAAUAUUUGUAGUAAACAUAUCGACCUGUAAACAUGCUCUACAUUUCUAGAUUAAAAAUGUCAAAUGUCGCAAAAAUUAUCAAUAAAACUGUUUGAACCA